AUGCCUGCUCCUUUUCGGCCUGUUCAGCCGAUCAUUUGGAUCAACGGCUGGCCUGCUAUGGGCAAGCUGGCUCUGGCCCAGUGUAUUUGCCAGCUGCUCGGCCAAGACCGCGCCGUGGUCAUUGACGACCGCGAGUUUACCGACCAGCUGAAUCUCCCUCGGGACGCUCUUAUGUCUCGCCAUGUGAGCCGCAGUGGUGGCCGCCCGCGUGGCUUGAGCGUUGGCGACAUCAACGGCAACACCCACACCCACCGCUAUAACGUCUGUAGCGAAGCUGGCGCGGAUGGUGGGAUUUGUCCGGGAAAAGAGUGCCCUGGCCGUGGUUGCCCCGGUCGCGAGUGCAUGGGCGGACGUCUGAUGACCGGUCUAGACGGUCUCUCGCCCCCUCUCCAGGCGAAGCAGGAGGCCUGCUUCCGAAAGUUUGUAUACGGUGACGAGGAUGACGAGGCUAUCAAGAAUGGCAAAGUCGACGCCGUCCAGCGGCAGCGCGUCAUCAUCUUCACCGACUGCCGUGCUAACGACAAGGUGGGUGCUGAAGGUGCGCGGCGUUAUGAGAACGCCGCCCGCAAUGCUGGUCGGCAAUUUGUACCGAUCUAUGUCGAGUGCCUGCCCGAGGAGCAGGAGCGACGCGCCAAAUCCUCGGACAAGCUCUACACCCAGGUUGAAGGUGCCGCAAUGACAGGCGCCGAGGCGGCUCGUGAGCUGCAGGCUCUGGCAGAUGGACGUCUUUUCACGUUCCCACAGGACACUGUCCCAGGAUUGUAUAUCAACGUGACCAACCAGCUCAUCCAUGACUCCGCCAUGGAGGUUAUCUCAUUCAUCAACGCCAUUGCUGAGAAGCGGACCGAUGCUGUCAAGGAAUCAGUUGCGGCCUCGGUUAGAAGACGCCAUGGCAUCUUCGUCGCCUGGGCCAUCGAGAACUAG